UUGAUAUUGUGACUUGAUUUUUCCUUAAACUAGCUAAACUCAUAUAUUCUUCCUUCAUAGGUACUUCGAUUAAUGCUAAAUAUGGCAGAGUUUUUCUUCUUAGCUUCAAUAUUUUUUUCUUCAAUUUUGGUAGCCAAAAUUACAUCCAUAUGGCUCACUAAGAAGUUCAAACUUGAAACCAAGUAUAAACUUCCCCCUGGCCCUCCAAGAUGGCCCAUUGUUGGUAACCUAUUCCAGUUAGGCCAAUUACCUCAUAGAAAUUUUGCUUCUUUUUGUGAGAAAUAUGGACCACUCGUGUAUCUCCGUCUUGGUACUGUUGAUGCCAUUACCACCAAUGAUCCUGAUAUUAUUCGUGAAAUACUUCUUCGACAGGAUGAUGUUUUUGCAUCACGGCCUCGGACCCUAGCUGCUGUUCAUCUAGCCUAUGGGUGUGGUGAUGUUGCAUUGGCGCCACUUGGCCCAAAGUGGAAGUGGAUGCGAAGGAUUUGUAUGGAAAACUUACUAACAACAAAAAGGCUCGAUUCGUUUGCUAAGCAUCGAGCAGAUGAAGCCCAACAUCUUGUUCAUGAUGUAUGGGCUUUGGCUCAAACUGGUAAGAUAGUGAACUUGCGAGAAGUUUUGGGCGCUUUUUCGAUGAAUAAUGUAACUAGGAUGUUGUUGGGAAAACAAUAUUUCGGGGCUGGAUCAGCAGGCCCAGAAGAAGCCACAGAUUUUAUGCACAUAACUCACGAACUAUUUUGGCUUUUGGGACUAAUUUACCUGGGCGACUAUCUACCAAUAUGGAGAUUGGUAGACCCUUAUGGGUGUGAGAAGAAAAUGAGGGAAGUAGAGAAAAGAGUGGAUAAUUUUCAUAAGAGAAUAAUUGAAGAACAUAGAACGAGAAAACAAAUUAAAGGACACAUAGAUGAUGGAGAUAUGGACUUUGUUGAUGUUUUAUUAUCUUUACCAGGAGAAAAUGGUAAACAACACAUGGAUGAUGUUGAAAUCAAGGCACUAAUUCAGGACAUGAUAGCUGCUGCUACGGAUACUUCAGCGGUGACCAAUGAGUGGGCUAUGGCUGAAGUGACUAAGCAUCCACGUGUCAUGCUUAAGAUUCAGGAAGAGCUCGAUUCAGUUGUAGGCCUGAAUAGAAUGGUCUUAGAAUCUGAUUUGUCCCAACUAAAUUACCUACGGUGUGUCGUCCGUGAAGUUUUUCGCAUGCAUCCCGCAGGACCGUUUCUUAUACCCCAUGAAUCCACACGUGCCACCAAAAUUAAUGGAUAUGACAUCCCGGCAAAGACGCGUGUCUUCAUCAACACACAUGGACUUGGCCAAAAUACAAAAUUAUGGGACAACAUCAAUGAGUUCCAACCGGAGAGGCAUAUGCCAACUGACGGGAGCCGGGUUGAGAUAAGCCAUGGAGCUGAUUUCAAGAUAUUGCCAUUUAGUGCAGGUAAAAGGAAGUGCCCCGGAGCACCCCUCGGAGUGACACUUGUACUAAUGGCUUUGGCUCGACUUUUUCAUUGCUUUGACUGGAGCCCAACCGAUGGGUUAAAACAUGAACAUAUCGAUACAAGAGAGGUUUAUGGUAUGACAAUGCCAAAGGCUGAGCCAUUUAAGGCAAUUGCCAAGCCACGUUUGGCUAAUCACAUGUAUCACUAACAAUUAUAUAAACUGCAUUAUUUUUUAUAACAAUAUUCGAGUGGAUUGUCAAUUAAAAUCGACAAGAUUAGUAUCAUCUUUGUUUUCCUCAUAAUAUAUAAGUAGAACAUGUAAUAAGUUUCCUUUUUUAUUAAUCAAUAAUAAGGAGGAUAUAAAAA